AUGCCAAAAAUGGAGUUUUUACUGUUUAUCAUUGCAAGUUCUAUAUGCCGGGUCCUUGUCCAAGUAGAGCUUUCCACGAAGAAUCGCCAACUACCCAUCCUACCACUUGAUCAUCGUCAGUCAAGUUCAAAUUUCAGACAACGCGUCAAUAACUACCUUUCUUCGGCUCAAACAUUAACUAGUAACGCCAAACGGGAAAUGAUAGUCGACAAUAACGUCCGGCCCUCUACACCUUAUUCCAUCCAUGAUAUUAUUUUUACUUUCUCAAAUCACUUACAUUCUUGGGACCAUCUUAAAUCUGUAUGGAAGGAGGAUUCAGUAACUCGUCGUCGACACAUCAACAAGGCCUUACACUCCUCCGCCUUACUCUGCCGUGCUCGCUAUGUAUCUAUCAUAAUGUUGUAG